UAUGGUUCAUUUAGUUAAUGGUCAAUGGAGUUAUUGGACGCCAUGGUCGAGUUGUCUAGCUUCGUGUAACAGAAUACGUACUCGCAUUUGCGAUAAUCCCCCUCCAAAGCAUCGCGGAAAUAGAUGCUUAGGCGUCGAUUCUCAAGCUAGGAAUUGCACGGGGGGAAUGUGUAGACCUAAGAAAGUCGGGUUGUUAGUGGCUUUAGGCCUAGCAGUUACGCUUCUAGUAACAAUUGCUCUGGCGACGCCCGUAGUAAUUUGGAGAAGACGAGAAAGAAAAAAGAGAAGAAACUUUAUCAAAGUGGAUCCACCUGAUAUUACUCAAACUGUUUUAACCAAUAAUUUCUCAGAAGCAUCAACAAAACGACCCAUUUCUGCUCUAUACUCUGAGGUAAAUGCAAAAGAAGGCAGUACAUGGGCGUCGCUAGGUCCUUCGGGAGGUAGACUACAACUUGCGGGAGUUACAUUAACAGUUGCUGAGGGAAGUCUGGAACAAGUGGAGGAAAUAUUUCUCAGUGUUUGCAGGGAUGAAAGGCCCAUAGUCCGUCCAGGUCAGACGAUAUUGGGGCCAGUAAUAGAGUUAGGACCGUCCAGGGUUAAUUUAAAGAAACCCGUUGUUCUCUCCUUCGAGCAUUGCGCCUCAUUGAAGCACGGUAAUUGGAGAGUGACGCUCUGCAGCGAUCAGUGGGCCGUUACCGUCGGGGAGGAGACGGAGACGCCUCUAUACGUGCAGAUGGACGCUGAACGCUGUCACGUGAUGACGGAUUGUUUAAGGAAGUACACCCUACUCGGCGAACCGACUGGGAAGGCUGUGAAAUUAUUAAAGGUCGUCGCCUUUUCUCAGAGUUCACCUCCCGAUUAUAACGUUCGUCUCUACGUUGUCCACGACACGCAAUGCGCUUUGGAAGUAAGUUAA